AUGGCAAUCGAUAAACUUCUCCCGGAUACAAAGAGAAUUGGUUUACUUCAAAAGUCUUUAUCAACGGACCAAAAACAAUCCAAAAGGCAAUCUUCAUCCGAAGAAUCAGUAAUAUAUUUAAAUGGCAACAACGUUGAACCGCUUCAAUAUAUCGAUUCGAAUAUCAUUGGUAAUAAAAUGCCAAUCAAUACUCCUUGGGGAUCUCGACCACUUAUUUACGCUGAUUACACAGCAUCUGGACGAUGUUUACAAUUUAUCGUACAAUAUAUGCUCACAAAUGUGUUACCUUUUUAUGCUAAUACGCACAGUGAAAAUAAUGUAUGUGCGCAUAAGACAACAAAAUUCCGUGAAGACUCUCGAAAAUUGAUUAAAAAAUGUGUUAAUGCAAGCGAUGAUUAUGUACUUAUUUUUACGGGAUCUGGAUCAACAGCUGCAAUACACCAACUUAUUAAUGUUUUAGAUUUGAGAAACAAACAAAUCCAAGAACGCACAAUUGUCUUUAUCAGUACAUUCGAACAUCACUCAAAUAUUCUGCCUUGGAAAGAAACCGGAAUUGAAAUUAAACAAAUUCCAAACAAUGAACAAGGUCUAAUGGAUCUUGAUAAUUUAAAACAACAACUAAAAUAUUAUCAUAAACAACAUCACAAGCACAUUAUUUGUUCAUUCAAUGCUGGAAGUAAUGUAACCGGAAUUCUAACUGAUGUAGAUACUGUUUCCAAACUCGUUCAUAAAUAUGAUGGUUGGAUAUUUUGGGAUUAUGCUGCAGCUGCACCAUACGUUAAAAUCGAUAUGAAUCCGUCUAAAAUAGCUUAUAAAGAUGCUGUUUUCAUAUCGACUCAUAAAUUUGUGGGUGGUCCAGGUACACCCGGUAUUCUAGUUGCGAAAAAGCACCUUUUUGAUAAUCAAAUUCCAAGUGGAUGUGGAGGUGGUACAGUGAAUUUCGUAACUCGAAAUACAGUUGAAUAUGUCCGAAAUAUUGAAACACGUGAAGAAGGUGGCACGCCAAAUAUCCUUGGUUCUAUUCAAGCGGGGUUAGUUUUUCACUUAAAACAAUUUGUCGGUGAAGAUCGAAUCGAAUUACGUGAAAAUGAACUGGUUGACAAGUGUUUUGAACAUUUGCCAAAUUCUGAAACAUUAUGCAUGCUUGGUCCAAGAGCUGCUCAUCGUUUGGCAAUAUUUUCAUUUCUUAUUUAUGUUCCAAAAUUUAAGAAAUAUCUUCAUCAUAAUUUCGUUUGUGUUUUGUUGAAUGAUUUAUUUGGUAUUCAAGUACGAUCUGGAUGCGCAUGUGCUGGGCCGUAUGUUCUUGAUUUACUCAAUAUAAAGGAAGAAACAGCAAAGAUUUAUGCAAAAUUUAUCACAGAGGAUGUCGAUAAACAAGAUAAAGAUGUACCUAAAAAUGCGUUAAUGAAACCGGGAUUUACACGAUUUAAUUUAUCGUAUUUUGCAAGUGAUAGUGACGUUGAUUAUAUUAUAGAAGCAAUUCGAUUUACCGCAAGAUAUGGAUGGAAGUUUUUACCAUUGUAUGAGUAUAAUGUAUCAACAGCUGCUUGGGGUUGUCGAGAUAUGCCAGUAGAAAGCGCCCAUUCUCAAGAUUCGGGCCUUCAAGGGCUGCCAAUUGCCAAUGGCCCAAUACAAGAACCUUCCCCGAAUAAUAUAAUUAUUUCUGAUGCUGCAAAAUCGUUGAUAAAAAAAUCUUCAAAAAAUCAUUUAAAACAAGCUAAAAACAUGGCAAAAAAUAUACCAGAAUAUGUCAAUACAAAGCUUAAGAGUGUAUCUGAUCCACCAUUGAAUAUUCCUGAAAAAUAUGAAAAAUAUAUUUGGUUUCUCACACCGGAAACAGUCAUCAAGAAAUUCACUAAGCAAAGUAACCGUAAUGAAUUAAAUGAUUCUUCGCCAGUGCCGUUUCGACCGAAGAAUUUGAAUUAA